AUGGCAAACUGUACGACUCAGGCAUCCGAUGAGGAGAAUGGUUUGGCGUUUCUGUGUUGGCGUCGUUGCUUGUCGCUGCUCCUUCCCUCCCACUGCGCAGUGCAAGGGAAGACCGUUGACGAGAUGUGGAUGCGGUACAUUUUUGACCGAUACACGGAGCCACAAAGGUACUAUCACACAAUGGCACAUGUUGAAGAGAUGUUGAAUUACUUUCUUCAAUACCAGAAGGGAACCCGCCCAGAUCAUAGGCUGCCAGAGGACGGUGCGAGGUGUCUCGCUUUGGAACUUGCGGUACUGUUCCAUGAUGUUGUGUACGACCCGAAGCGCGGUGACAACGAGGAGUGCAGCGCAGAUUGGUUCUCUGCCUUCUGGGAGGAGUGCCGAGAAUUGGCUGUUUCAUGGGAAACUAAGAUGACAAGUGGAGACGAUCGGUUACAGCAGCAGCAGAGGGAGAAGUUGAUAUGGCACAACGCCAAGGCCGCUAUGGACAUUAAGAUGACAGUGGUGGAUUUUAUUCUCCGUACGAAGCACCACAUGUCUGUCGAACCGUGUUACAGGAGAGACUUGCCUGGCGGGGGCGAGGGCGCUUUGGAGACGGGAAACCCACCACCGGAUCUUCAUUUGUUUCUUGACCUCGACUUGGCAAUCCUUGGAAGUGAAGCCGACAGGUACAUGCGGUAUGCGAGUGAUGUGAGACGAGAAUACGCGUGGUACAGCGAUGAAGAAUUUUCGCGGGGUCGCAUUGCCUUUUUACAAGGGUUUCUGAAUUACCCGCAGUGGUACAAAACUAAAUAUUUUUGCGAUGCGAUGGAGGAAACGGCGAGAGCCAACGUAACGGCAGAGCUAAAGUUGUUGGAGGAACGGCUUGGGAGAACCGCGUAA